UUUAAAGCAUCGGCAGCUCAGGCCCGAGCAGACGAUUGCCGAGCAAGGAUUCUCCUCGAUUGCAAGAAGGGCUUCCUUGGGAAUGGGAUGCAGAGAUCCAGAUAAAUUCCACCUGAAGAGAGAUUUAUAAAAUAAAAUGAUUGCACAAACUAGUGAAGUUGUAAAAAAAAGGUAUUGUGAAGAUGGGGAAACUGGAGGAGAGAACCGGAAGGCUAAAAAAAAGAGGAAGACUGAGAGAAAUGACAUUUGCCCAGCUCAUCGGAACAUUAAACUUUCCAGUGAAGUGAACCCACCCCGUUUCUCUACUCAAAUGUUUGGAGGAAGCCAAAUCAGCUAUGAGCAACUGGGUGAAUUACUGAAGUAUGCCGCACAGGGAAAACAUCACAAUGUCACUCAGCCCAGUUGGUGUCGCAUCCACCACCGAAGGCAGCUGGCUGGUGUCACAGUGCUAAUUUUGCAUCACGUGGAUCAGCUCCAUUUCUACCGAUACUACCUGCAGUUCAAACAUCUCCGAAAGACCUUCAAACACCGUUUCUGUCUGCCUGCCCUUUCUGGUGACUUUAUCGAAAAACGUGGUGGAUCGGGCACAAACGACUGUCAACAGCUCAGCAGGGAAGCGAUGGAUGAAGAUCCCAUAAUUCAGAAAUACGCCGAAAAGGGCUGCAGUCUCUCAAGUUAUAUUUUAACUGGCGAGGAGAUGCAACUCCAUGAUUACCCUGUAAAAGGGUGUGAUGACUACAGCCAUUUUGUCCAGACUGACUGCAACGACCUGGUGACAGAUAGCAGCCCCCUCUUUGGAUUGGACUGCGAAAUGUGUCUCACCGAUAAGGGGUCAGAACUCACCCGGAUUGCAGUGGUGGAUACUAGCGGACGCUGCCUUAUGAAUGAGCUGGUCAAACCCAAAUGGCCCAUAAGGAAUUAUCUUACCUGCUACUCCGGCAUCACAGAGAAGCUGCUUCAGCCGGUACAAACCACCCUCUCAGAAAUCCAGGGCCGAUUAAGGAAUAUGCUGCCUCCUGACGCCAUUUUGGUGGGCCAUUCCCUAGAUGCUGAUCUCCGAGCUCUAGAAAUGAUUCAUCCGAAAGUUAUAGACACUUCGCUUCUCUACACCCGUAAAGGGGGCAGAAGGUUCAAGCUGAAGUUCUUAGCAGCUGCUGUUCUAGGGAAAGAAAUUCAGAGCAAGGCCCAAUUGGGUCACGAUCCCACCGAAGAUGCCCAGUGCGCCCUUGAGCUGGCCCAGUAUUUCAUUGAACAAGGAGCCAGGAAAGUUGCAGAGUUGAAUCUGGAAGCCAGAUGGUCAGAGCAAAGGAAGAUGGAAGAGUCAGGAACCGGGGUCAAGGCGAAACAAAACGACAAGAUCCAAAAAGGCCUUUUAGAAAAUUUACAGUCUAUCGGUCAAAAAACGUUGCUUCAGGGAGAACAAAAUAACGUUCAGAAUCCUAUGGCUUCCCUAAAUGAGCAGAUUCUCCAGAAAGCCCCGGAAGAGAUUCCUAAAUCUCCCAUUAACAUAAUUCAAUUGGUUUUGGAUUCGAAGCAGGUUACGGCUGACCUGCUUGCAGAAACCACUUCAAAGAUGAGGGCCAAGCUUUCUGACCUGCUGACCAUCUACGUAGGCCCUUUGUCCAAAAAUGUUUGUCUGAAGACCGUGAAAAAAGCCUUUAGGAAAUGUGGCCAUAUUCAGACGAUCCGGGUCAUUCCAGAAACAGUUAAGCCCCACCUCUGUAUUCAAUAUGAAGUCUUGGAAGGUGCACAGCUGGCUUUGGAAAAGCUGAACGGAGCAGAAAUAGGAGGAUCUGCCCUCCAGGCUUCGUCUAAGAUCCAAAGGCCCGUAACCGAGACGACCCUGGAGGGUGAGGUGCUGGUGCAGGAGCUGGAGAGGGAUCCUGAAAACGAAGGCAUGGUUUAUUUGGCCGGCUUGAGGAAAGGUCAAGAUGAGAAGGAGCUGCAAGAACAGCUGGGCCCUUUGAAAGGCUUACAGUCCAUUUUUUGGCCAAGAGGUCUCCAGACCGAAAGACGGAGGAAUUACUGCUUUUUGAGAUUCCAGAGCCCAGAGUGUGCCUCCGAGGCCCUCCGACUCCUCCAAGGAAGCAUGUUUCGAAGCAGGAGGGCCCUCUCGUCUCCCACCUUCUUCCGGUGGGCCCGUCUGGUGAACGAAAAGGGCCCAGGAGGAGCAGAAGGGCAGGAGAAGCAGCAGCAGGUCUUGGAUUUGGAACUUGGCUUAACCAGAGCCAUCAAGAAACUGGACCGCAGGGUCAAAGCACUCUAUGAGCAGGUUCCAGAGAACACCCUUUGCCUCGUUCUGUUACCAGGCACCGACAGGCUCUCCAGCUCUCUUGGUGGCCUCGGCCUUUUGGGAAUCAAAGGCGAAAAGAACACUUCCACGUCCUGCUAAAAAGAUGUCGAUCUUCAAGGCCUCCCCAUGUUUUGGGUGGGGAAAGCAGCCGGCCUCGCUUAAACGUCUGCAAGCUUUUCCAAGCAAUUUUUUAAAAAAAAAAAACAUUAAAUUAUUUUUUUACAGUACCAAACAAUCUCAAGAAUUAAAUUCCAUUGUUAAUGCAGGAAACCUUUUUUUUUUAAAGCUCCCUGCAGACUACCAGAUGUUAGGGGAGUCUCUGGAGGGUGGAGAAUAGCAGAAAUGACGGCGGCUGGCAUCCAUUCAGCCUCUAAGCACGACAUUCUAAAAAGUUUCCGUGCUGUUUCUGGACCGCAAACUUUCAAAGGAUAAUUAUUAUUUUUUUAAAAAAAAAGGGAGGAUGAAACGGUUCAACCCCCUUCGAAAUUUAUUGCCUAUACAGGUAGUCCUUGACUUGUGAUUAAAAUUGAGCCCAAAUUUCUGUUA